CCUGUCCCUGUUGACGCCAAAGGUGUUAGAGGUGGGAUGGGGAGGGCGGGAGUGAGACUUUCAUUCUGUUUAUUUAAUACAUUUACCUACUGCCUGGCUUUAAAAAUAAACAUCUACCGCUUAGACAAGAAAGCAAAACGCCCUUUCAGCGCCGCAACAGAAAUGGCCAUGCGGAGUCAGCGUUUCUCUCAGGCGCGACACGAGGCUUUCCUGGCUCUGGGGACUGGACGGACGUGCCUGGGGCUUCAGGGGAGCGGGAAAAGGCAUCAAUCCUAUUAAUUAAUGCACCAGCAGGUUCCUCUCCGCGCAGGAUGUCUUAAUGAGGUGCCCGGGGCAUGCACUGUUUAUCUUACAAACAUCACCCCGGGUACCACUUGUCUGGGUAACCUAACAGAUGUCCCCGCCGAGGGCACGGCGCCGGGGUGGGGGGCACUCCCUCCCCACCGCCCCGCGCGCGGAGAGCCCAGCUCCCUCAGUCUGCCUCCCUCCCUGUUUGCAGCACAGGAAGACCCUCGCCUUUGAACGGCUCAUUCUUUUUUUUUCUCUUUUUUUGUUUUUUUUUGUGUCACACCUAGCGAUGCACAGGGGUUACCCUGGCUCUACACUCAGGAAUUACACCUAGCGGUGCUCAGGGGACCUUUUGGGAUGCUGGGAAUUGAACCCGGGUGGGCCGCGUGCAAGGCCCUUGCUAUAACUAUCACUCCAGCCCCCUCAAAGGGCUUGUUCUACCCAGGUCUGAAAUCCACGUCCUAGUCACUCCCUGGCCCCUCCGGGACACCCCUAAGUGAGGUCGAGGGGGCCGGGACCCGGAGUUGGCCUAUGCGGAACUCACUCUGGGGGUCCUGGGCUAUCUUAACGGCAGGGAGUCGGGAAGGCGGGCGGCAGCUGGGUUUCCUCCCGGGGUCUCCACGUUGCACCUCCCGCGGGGUCCCAGGAGCUGGCCGCGGUGCUGACCGCCGGGGUACUGGCCGCCGCGCGCCCGCCUUGGGCCGCCGCCGCGCACGCGUCCCGGGAGGGGCGCGCAGCCGCCGCCGGCGCCACUGCGCAGCCUCGCGAGCCGCUGCCUCGGCCCGGUCCGCGCGGCGCCCGGCCCGAACCCGGCCCGAACUCGGCUCGAACCCGGCCCGAACCCGGCCCGAACCCGGCCGAACCCGGCCCGAACCCGGCCCCCUCGCUCCGCGCCCAGCUCCCUGCGCCCAGACCCGGCCCCUGCCCACGCCCCGCGCCCCACCGGCCCCCACGCCCCGCGCAUCCCGCGCCCCGGCCUGUGCCUCGCGCCCCCGCGCCCCGCCCCCGCGCCCCCCGCGCCCCCGCGCCCCGGCCUGCGCCCCCAGACCCCGCUACCGCCGCGCCAUGGCGCUCCGCGGCCUGGCCUUGGCGCAGUGCGUGUGCUACUUCCUGGCCUUCCUCUUCAGCUUCAUGGCGGUGGUGCCGCUGUCCGAGAACGGCCACGACUUCGGCGGCCGCUGCCUGCUCUUCGCCGACGGGCUGUGGCUCGCCAACCUGUCGGUGCGGGGCCGCGAGCGCUUCACCGUGCAGGAGUGGGGCCCGCCCGCCGCCUGCCGCUUCGGCCUCUCCGCCGGCCUCCUGUCGCUGCUGCUGGCCGCCGCGCACGCCUGGCGCUCGCUCUUCGUCCUCUGCAAGGGACACGAGGGCUCUGUCCUGGGAGCCUUGGUGAAUCUGCUGGUCAGCGCCUUGGUGGUCUUCGUGGUAUUCAUCGCCAGCACCAUCGUGAGCGUGGGCUUCACCAUGUGGUGUGACGCCCUUACCGACAAGGGCACUGUGCCCCACAGCUGCAAAGAGUUCCAGGACACGGACUUGGAGCUGAACGUGGACAACUCAACCUUCUAUGAUCAGUUUUCCGUUGCUCAGUUUGGCCUGUGGGCUGCGUGGCUGGCCUGGCUGGCCCUCACCGUGCUGGCGUUCCUGAGGGUGUACCGCAGCCACCGGGAGGAGGACCUGCUGGAUAGCCUGGCCCACGAGAAGGAGCUGCUGCUGGGCCGCGCCACCGGGCGGUCGUCCUUCCAGGGCGAGAAGAGCGCUGUGGUCUAGCCUGGGGCAGCUGCGCCCCUGGGCCCUCUGCCGUGGGACUGGGGGCGGGGCUGGGCUCCACCUCUGGGUGCCUGGUGACUGAUCUGUGCAUGGUCCCGAGUGACCCCAGUGCCCACCGUGGCCCCUUGACCCUGUCUGUGUGUCCCAAGUGCCGGAGACUCGGGCAUGUCCCUGUCAUCUGGGCUGUGUCCCCUCCCUGACGUCAGCAUCAGGGCGCAGAGGCCGUGCGGUGUCCUGGCUGGCCGCUGAGGGUGGCUGGGCGGUGUCCUGGCUGGCCGCUGCCCUGACCUGGAGGAGCCCCGCCUCGCCAAGUUGCGCUCUGGCUGUGGGCCUGCCCACUUCCGCCCGCAGCAGGGACGGGCGGGCUGUCGUUAAGGCCUCUGGGUGGGGGAAGCCGUGUUGGACGGCCUGUCUGCACCCUCACUGGCUGUGUCCAGGCUCCCAGAGUGCCCUGCCCAAGGCCCCCGACCCUCUCAUGAGAUCCGGCCCUGCAAGGCUUGACCCUCCGCCCCGACAGCUGCUGGGAGCCCCCGGAGGGGCCGAGCACAGGGCCUGGCCCGACUGGAGGCGCCUCUGGGCUCCCGGUCCCAGGGGGCUCUGCUCAGGCCCCCUGACCCCAGAGUUCCUAGCUGUUGGGGGCCACUGUCCAGGGCUCUCCGGGGAGUGCUCAGGGCCUGCGGGGCUGUUGCCCCCAGACCCAGACUCGGGGCAGGCCAGUGGGGCAGCUCGCUCUGCCGGCCCCAGCAUGUCACCGGCUCCGCCCGCGGGGUCUGACUCCCCUUGUAAGUCACAUCUGCCGCCCCGAGCAUGGGUCCCUGCCACGUGUGUGUCUCGAGCCUCAAUAAAACCCACACAUGCGCCCA